AUGGCAGCGCUUCCCCAAAAGCCUGCUAUAGCAGAGCCAGCGGCGGCCGCUACGGCAGAGCCCACAUCACGGACUCUUCCUUCAGCUCCAUCCGCUCCUUCUGCCUCAACAUCCAGUUCCACUACAUCUGCGGCCGCAUCCACCAGCACAAUUCCUGUGCCAGAAGGGACCUUAAAGAAGAAGAGCAAAUCGACACCACGGCUAAAGGAACAUGAGACCUUUGAUGGUGAGGAAGAUGGUGAAGAGCCAGAGGCAGAGGAAGAGGAUGGUGGUGUUGAUUCGAGCGAGGAAGAGAGAGAGGAGGCGAAUCAAGCCUUCGACUACCCUGAGACUUGGCUUUUGUUCAAGGAGAACAUGAGCAAAGAUGAGGUCAUCGAACGUUCACCUUUGGGCCGCUUCGUUCGCUUCAAUCGAAAGCUUGGAAGUGGUUCUUACAAAGUGGUUUACUUAGGCUUCGACAACGACACCGGCAUGGAAGUGGCUUGGAACAUCAUCUCUUUUCAAAACCUGGACAAGAAAGCAAAAAAGAGAAUCUCUGAAGAGAUCAACAUGCUGAAGACUCUGAAGCAUCCAAAGAUCAUUGCUUUCAUCAAUGCCUGGACCAAUAAAGAGAAAGAGCAAGUGUGCUUCAUCACGGAGCGGAUCACGGGUGGUUCUCUUCUACAGUACAUCAAGAGAAUCAAUGCUCCGCUCAAGCAGAAGGUCAUCAAGAACUGGUGUCGGCAGAUCCUGGAGGGGCUCAACUAUUUGCAUACACGUCCAGACCCGGUGAUUCACCGAGACUUGAAGUGUGACAACAUUUUCAUCAACGGCAACCGGGGCGACAUUGUCAUUGGUGACUUGGGCUUGUCGACCACACUCAAGGCCUCAUGUGCCAGAUCGAUCGUCGGAACCAUCGACUUCAUUGCACCAGAGGUCUACGAUGAGAAGUACGGCACUGCAGUAGACAUCUAUGCGUUUGGCAUGGUGCUUCUGGAGAUGAUCGGCCGUGAGCAACCAUGGAGUGAGUGUGAGACCGCAGGUCAAGUCUACAAGAAAGUCAUGGCCGGUGAAAGACCCAGAAACUUGUUGCGAGUCAAGGAUGAACUGCUUCGAGGAAUUGUGAUGCAAUGUUCACGAAUGAGACCUGAAGAUCGACCAAGUGCUGCACAGCUCUUGGAACACAACUGGCUCACCGAGGAAGAGCUUGCAGGGGGAAAUGUCCUUUGUGAGCUUUUGGCACCUGAUGAAGCUCCAUCCGCUGUGCCUGAUGUUGAUAUUUUUCCCAAGUUGCAAGUGGAUUUGGAGCAGAUUCCGGAAGAAGAUGAAGAGACGGAGUGUGCUGUGGAAGCUGCAAGCUCUGUCACACCACCAGCGGAGGUCGUGCCUGCGACCCCUGCAGUGCCGGCGGCUCCCGUGUCCGCGCCAGCCACGGAGGCUCCUGCUGUGCCUUCAGAAGCAGCGACGAGCAGCGUGACCAGUGCAGGUCCGAGUCCGGAAACGACGAGUGCACCAGCUGCAGCUCCUUCUCCGGAAGUGGUGGGAGUGGGGUCAGUCCCAGCGGUCGAACCCGCUCCGCUUACUGCGCCAUCGGCGUCCACACCCGUGGUGGCAGGGGAAGCGCUGGUUCGACCCAGUGGAAGCGACGAGCUGGAAGAGCCCUUGCCAAGCCUGAUGCGUCCACAAAACACCGUCGAAGAGCCCGAGCCCGAGACGGAGUUUGAAGAUGCUGACGGAACCACUGGACUGGGGGAACCAAGUGUCGAAAUUAGCGUCGAAGCACACGAACAGGUGGAACAGGUGGAACCCCAUGACUCCAUUUCAGCUCGUGCACCAUCAGAGGGUUCGGCGGUGGAUGGUACCAGCAGCCAUCCUCUCAAACGGUCAGAGGGGCGACACGAGGAGUUUCUACCUGCAAGCCUCGGUCAUCUCCCUUCCAGUCAUCCCAUCACCUCGGAGCAACGCUUCAUGGCAUUGUUAGAUGAGGUGGGCACAGACGUGAUCACGGAGUGUGUCAUCAGUGCCAAGACUGGUCAGCAAGAGAUCCGAUUUGACUUUGACAGAACCAAAGACAAUGUGCUGGUUGCAGCAUUUUGUUUGUUUGGUGACGGAAGUGUGGAUCCUUUGGGCAUGGGUUUUGAAAAGUUGGCAUUAGAUAUUGAAGAUGCUGUGACACGUCGAUGCAAAGAUCUCAUCAACGGCACCGGCACGACUUCAGUGCCUUUGUCCCACUCAGAGCGAGCAGAGCGAACUUUGUCGGGCUUUGCCCGCGACGGUGCGAUGUCAUCCGAUGCAAAUCCGAUGUCCGCGGUGAAAGAGAAAGAACUCACGGAUGUGGAGGACUCCAAGGUGAACUGGCACAGCCUCGGUUGGUCUGCCGCCAAGAAAUUGCCGCUCUCAGCAGAGGUGUCCAACAAAGGAUCAGAUGAGACGGUUUUGAGAGACCAACGAGAUGCCAUUCUGAGUCUUGCCUACCUGAUCCCGAAAGUCACUGAAGAGUACUUUCUGGUCCUUGGAGAAUGGUGCAAACAGACCACGGAGGCUGUGGAGCAGUUUCGGAGCUAUCACAACAUCCCCAAUGAGAAGGAAGGUGUCGUGGAUGCCAAGAUUUGGGACAAGCUCUCGGAUGAGGUGAAGAAAAAAGAUGAAAAGGAAGUGAAGAAAAAGGAAGAUCGGCUCAAAGAUCAGCUGAACAGGCAGCAGGAGAAGCUGCAGCGAAAAGAGCACAGGAACUUGGAAAGCUCAGAGACCUACAAGAAUAUGAUGGAUGCAUGUCAGGUGAACCUUGGCGCAGUGAGCGCUGGCAAGACCACGGUAGUGACCACGGCUUCCACCGCAGAUACGUCUGCUUCCAAAGGCAAGGCAUCAACUGCUGAGGCAUCAUCUGCUGUCAGCAACUCCAUGGCACAGUCCUCUCCACCAAAGACGGAGCUGAAGUCUCAGCCAAGCACACCUCGUGGUACUUCCAAAGAUCCCAAUUCCGGGAAUGGGUUGCCCAUGCCAGCGCAAACGGGUGGUAUAUCUUCCAGGCAACCAACACAACAGGGUCAACACGGUCAACACCAACACAUGCAGCCAAAUGCCACGCAGGCACCCCAGGUAGCACCUCAGGGAGCUCAGUAUUUGCCACAGCAUUUGCCGCAAGGUACUCAGCCAGGGACUCAGGGAGCCUCAGGGACCCAGCAAUUCCAGCAAUUUCCGCAGCAAUCGGCGAACUUUCAGCAGUUUCCACAGAACUUUCAGGGCCUGGGACAACAUGGUCAACAACCCCCUCAUGGAAACUACAACAUGCAGCAGGGCUCUGUUCCAGUACAGCAAAUGCAGCAGCCCCAGCAAAUGCAAAACUUUCAGGCCAUGCCGCACGGUAACUACCCCAUGCAGCAGGGCUCAGCCUAUCUCAACACCCGCCGCAAGUCAGCACGAAUCUUGAUGUUGCCACCCAAGCUGCAGGCAGAGGCUUUAAGGGCGUGGAUUGACAAUUCACUCACGGACCAUUUGUAG